AUGGAGAAUCUUAUCUUCCUAACAUACACAAAGUUAACAGCUGGAAUUUUUCUGUUAUUGCAGGCUGCAGACUCUCAAAUUGUCUCGGAUUAUGUUAGAUAUUUUCUUCAUCAGCACACGAUUCAACUGGGUCAACCUGCUACUGUGAAAGUUGCUGCUAACCUUGUUAGACUUUUAUCUUAUAACAACAAGAACAUGUUGCAAACGGGUAUAAUCGUUGGUGGUUGGGACAAAUAUGAAGGUGGAAAAAUAUAUGGAAUCCCUCUUGGUGGAACAAUUCUUGAGCAGCCAUUUGCCAUUGGAGGAUCUGGGUCGAGCUAUUUGUAUGGGUUCUUUGAUCAAGCAUGGAAGGAUAACAUGACCAAGGAAGAAGCUGAGCAACUGGUGGUUAAGGCUGUUUCACUUGCCAUUGCGCGAGAUGGUGCUAGUGGAGGCGUUGUCCGCACUGUCAUUAUAAACUCGGAGGGGGUUACAAGGAACUUCUACCCUGGUGAUAAGCUUCCUCUGUGGCAUGAUGAGGUGGAGGCACAUGAUUCGUUGCUGGAUAUCUUGAAUGCUGCAAAUCCUGAGCCCAUGAGCACUUAAAAAAAACUUGUUUGGAAUUGCAAUUGAAUUGUUCUUAUGAUAGUAAUUACUACUACUUCCUAAUGUACCUUUUGUACUCUUUGUUUUACAGAAUUUGGUUCUUUUGGUUUAAGGUUUUAUUACUUUGAGCUUUCAUGGUUGUUGCUUGUAUUUGGU